GAGACAGAGAGAGGGGAAGGGGGAGGUUUGAAUGUUUUCUGAUCUCCGUUCUCCGCUCUUAUUCAGAUCUCAACAGCCAGACUCGCCACCACCAGCCUUUAUGACACCCAGAGAAAAUUGCAGAUUUGCUUGCUAAAUCAUACACUCGUCUGAAAGCAAGCAGACACGUUUGUGAGGAGCAGACGCUCUGAAUGAUUCCUGCUGGCUUUUUUGCGUCUUUGUGGAUUUUGUGGUUGUUGUCUUUGAGCUUCGGAGCAUCUGACUGGCACUUGACCUGUAAAGAACUCUCUUCUCCAUCUUCAUACGUCUGAGACCUGAACCUCCCAAAGCCUCUUUAAUGAAUCAGUUUUCGCCUCUCGAUGCCAUGGCGUUCAAAGGGAACCUCACGCUGCCAAAGGUGCCGGAGUCCAACAUGGCCCUCAGUGUGCUGGGAGUGUUUCUGGGUUUGCUUCUGGAAGUUUCCACACACGGGCCGUCCAGCGUUCCCAGAAGCUCAUGGAAGCAGGACGAUGUGGAUCUGCUGGAGUUUUGGGAGCCGGAUGUCUUCAACUACACGACUCUACUGCUGAAUGAGGACAGAGGUGUUCUGUAUGUGGGCGCUCGAGAGGCUGUGUAUGAACUCAACAUCAGCAACAUCUCCAUCAAGAGCAACCAGCUCCUGUGGAAAGUUCCAGACAUCGACAUGUCCAUGUGUAUUUUGAAGGGGAAAUCUAAAGAGACGGACUGUCGAAACUACAUUCGAGUUUUGCAAGUGCUGGAUGAAGAAAAUCUGUAUGUUUGCGGGACUCACGCGUUUCAGCCUCUCUGUGAUUAUCUGUCUCUGCAAGAUUUCCGGCUGCUCAAUAAAGCAGAGGACGGAAGAGGGAAAUGUUCCUAUGAUCCGUCUCAAAGCUUCACCACUGUGAUGGUUGAUGGCGAGUUGUACUCGGGAACUGCUUAUAACUUUCUGGGCAGUGAACCGAUCAUCUCCAGAUCGUCUCCGUCUCAGAGUUUACUGAGAACUGAGUACUCAACAUCCUGGCUCAACGAGCCCAGUUUCGUCUUUGCGGACGUGAUCAGAGAAGGAGAGAACAGUCCGGAUGGAGACGAUGACAAGAUUUACUACUUCUUCACAGAGGUGUCGGUGGAGUACGAGUUUUUCGGCAAACUGCUGAUUCCCAGGAUCGCUCGCGUAUGUAAGGGGGAUCUGGGUGGCCAGCGGACCCUGCAGAAGAAGUGGACGUCGUUUCUGAAGGCCAAGCUGGUUUGCUCAAUGCCGGAGCUCAACUUUGUCUUCAAUGUGGUUCAUGAUGUGUUUAUUUUAAAAGCCCCACACUGGAGAGACACCGUCAUCUACGGGGUUUUCACAUCUCAGUGGGGGAAUGUGGGUCUGUCGGCGGUCUGCGCCUAUAACAUGAGCUCUGUGCAUGAGGUUUUCUCCAGAGGAAAGUACAUGCAGAAGGUCACGGUUGAACAGUCCCACACAAAGUGGGUCCGCUUUAAUGGAGCCCCUCCCAGUCCCAGACCUGGAGCGUGCAUCAAUAACAUGAACCGUCAGCAGAACAUGAGCUCGUCUCUUCAUCUGCCUGAUAAGACGCUUCAGUUUGUGAGGGAUCAUCCGCUGCUGGAGGACCCGGUUCUGCCCAUAGGAAACGGCCCUCGCCUCAUCACCAAAGAUGUAAACUACACACAGAUCGCCGUGCAGAGGGUGCAGGCGCUCGACAACAGCAUACACCACGUCAUUUUCACAGCCACCGAUAAAGGUUUCCUGCAUAAGUCAGUGGUGCUGGAGAACGAGGUUCACACGGUGGAGGAGGUUCAGCUGCUGAAGAGCUCAGAGCCCAUCAAAACACUCCUGCUCUCCACAGACCAGGCUCAGUUUCUGUAUGCGGGUUCAGACUCUGGAGUGGUUCAGUCACCCACAGCAUUCUGUCAGAAAUACGGCUCCUGUGUGGACUGUGUUCUGGCUCGGGACCCAUACUGUGCCUGGGACACUCAGUCCAAAGCCUGCGUGAACAUCUUCCAGAGCAAAGCUGAUCCACGGAAGAUGAUUCAGAACCUGAGAGGGGAUGCUGGGAUAUGUCCUCCAGUGUCUCCUCUGGCAGUGAAGGAUUAUCCGCUGCUGUUAGUGAAGCCGGGGGCUUCUGCUGACCUGCCGUGUCGAGUUCAGUCAAACCGAGCUCAGGUCUUGUGGAAACUCAACAAUCAGCUUCUCACCGACUCCUCCUCGCGCCUCCUCCUGAUGUCCGAGAGUGGUUUACUGCUAUACAGCGUCACCAUAGAGGACGCGGGACGCUACGAAUGCUGGUCUGUUGAGUCCGCAGCGGGACAAAACUUCAGCCGUGUGGUAUCUGGAUACAUUCUGCGCUUAGACCUUCCUGAGAGCAAAUCUGCACAGCUGACCCGCGAGCCCACUACGACCUCAGAAGGUAAUAGUGUUAAUAAUAAUAACAGCCCGGUGACGCCUGGACUAACGUCAGCACCUACAGACGCCCCGUCACUAACAACUCCACCAACCUCUGCCAUUAAACCCAAAUCCAACAUCCCUCCAGAGGUCAGUAAUUCGCCUGCACGCACUGAAACGAUAGAUCCUUCUGCCAAAUACAUCCAGCAUGACAACAGCGCCGCCCUGCUGGCUCUGUUCCUGCUGUUCUUCCUGCUGUUUCUGGCCGCGCUCCUUUAUAACUGCUAUAUGCAGUAUCUGCCGGCUCCGUGUCUACGACUGCGCUCUGCUCUGCUCGGAUCCAGUAAAAAACCGCAGGCUGAAUACGCUGCAUGCGAAGCCGGUCUGAUGGAGAAAACUGAUCCAGCCAAUCAGAUCGCAGCUCAUCCGUUGCGUGCACUCAGAGACACUGGAUACGAAACGGAGCCCGAGGCAGAAUUAGGAAAUGGCGCUGUUCGGUCUAAUAGUUUCGAUGAGAGUCCGUGUAAAGAUCGACCGUUUGAUAUCGACUGUGCUUCACAGCCCAUUGAGUUUGCAGACGCAGACGCUCCGUGAUGAUGAUGAUGAUGAUGAUGCAAACACUUUAAUAACCGCAUUCCAAAUUGGAAACAUUCCAUACCAAAUUGGUACGUUUAAGUGUGGUUUCUGGAAUUUGGAAUUCCGGGUUGUUUUUGAAUGUUCUUCGGGGUCGUUUAAGCGUUAAUUUCCUCCGUGUUUUUGGUCUCGUUUCAAAGUAAACUUUCUGGAGUCGAUACACAUUCAGCUUGGAAGCAAAACCGGUUUCAAAUUCAAGUCUUUCAGUACGUUGUUUAUGCUAAUUAUAGUAUUUAUUUGUUUUACAUUUUGGGUUGAAUUUUUUUUUGCAUAAAGAUGACAAUUUUAGGACCAUUUUUCUAUUAUUUUGUCCAUUUUGAUAUGAUUUUAGUCAUGGUUUAUGAUUUUGAUACAUAUUAACCCUUGUGCACUGUUCAAAUGUACUACCCC